AAAAGAUUUGAACCACCGCACUCAUCGACGCUACGCCGAAACUUCUUCACCAUUAACUCAACUUAAUCCCUAAUUUAAAAAAAUUAGUGUGACGAAAGCAAAGCGAUUUGGUGAGAUUAUAAAGAGAGAAAGAGGACUGUUGAGUAGUCAGUCACUUAGUGGGAAUAGCACAGACCUCGAAGUGUUCGUGAGAGAGAAUCUAUUUUCCUUGGAUUUGGAGAUUUUCUCUCGCUUUUUCUAGAUCAAACAAACAAACGUAAAUUUUCUUAAACUUUCUAUUUUCAGUUGCAGUGGAUCUGAAUGGGGAAAGGAGGCGAAGAUUACGGUUCGCGAGAAACUAUUAAUUCUAGAUCGGACGAGGAUCGUGAUAUCUUCCCGGCCUGGGCCAAGGACGUUGAAGAGUGUGAAAAACAAUAUCAGGUUAACAGAAGAACGGGGAUAAACUCAGGGGACGUCGGACGGCGUCGUAGGAUCUGUGGCUUAAAUGAACUGGAGAAACACGAAGGUCCGUCCAUAUGGAGUUUAAUACUGGACCAGUUCAACGACACGCUAGUUCGAAUUUUACUCGCCGCGGCGGUUAUUUCGUUUGUGCUGGCUUGGUACGACGGCGAAGAAGGUGGCGAGAUGGAAAUAACGGCGUUUGUGGAGCCGUUAGUGAUUUUCCUUAUACUGAUUAUUAACGCAAUUGUUGGUGUUUGGCAAGAAAAUAAUGCGGAGAAAGCUUUGGAGGCUCUGAAAGAGAUUCAAUCAGAGCACGCUACGGUGAUUCGUGACGGUAAUAAAAUCCAUAAGUUGCCGGCUAAGGAACUUUUACCUGGUGAUAUUGUGGAGCUCAAGGUUGGUGAUAAAGUUCCUGCUGAUAUGCGUGUUGUGGAAUUGGUUAGUUCAACUUUAAGAGUUGAACAAGGUUCGUUAACUGGAGAGAGCGAGGCGGUUAAUAAAAACACCAAAGUGGUUCCUCCAGAUGCUGAUAUUCAAGGGAAAAAAUGUAUUCUUUUUGCUGGAACUACAGUUGUGAAUGGGAAUUGUGUGUGUUUGGUUACACAGAUUGGUAUGGAGACUGAAAUUGGGAAAGUGCAUAAGCAAAUUUAUGCUGCUUCACAAAUUGAAGAAGACACGCCGCUGAAGAAGAAGUUGAAUGAAUUUGGAGAGGUUUUGACAAUGAUAAUUGGAGUUGUAUGUGUGCUUGUGUGGUUGAUUAAUGUUAAGUACUUUCUUAAUUGGGAGUAUGUUAAUGGGUGGCCUAGGAAUUUCAAGUUUUCGUUUGAGAAAUGUACUUAUUACUUUGAAAUUGCUGUUGCAUUGGCUGUGGCUGCAAUUCCUGAAGGUUUACCUGCCGUGAUUACCACUUGUUUAGCACUUGGUACGCGUAAAAUGGCUCAAAAGAAUGCGCUUGUGAGAAAGUUGCCGAGUGUUGAGACAUUGGGUUGUACGACUGUGAUAUGUUCUGAUAAAACUGGUACUUUGACAACCAAUCAGAUGGCUGUGAUCAAACUUGUAGCAAUGGGUGGUACAGUUGAUAAAUUGAGAAGUUUUAAGGUUGAUGGGACUACAUAUAAUCCUUAUGAUGGAUAUAUACAUGAUUGGAACCCGGGUCAAUUGGAUGCUAAUCUUCAAAUGAUCGCCAAGAUAGCUGCUGUGUGUAAUGAUGCUGGUAUUGCGCAGUCAGAUCAUAAAUUUGUUUCUCAUGGGAUGCCUACUGAGGCAGCUCUGAAGGUUCUAGUUGAAAAAAUGGGUCUCCCAGCAGGGUUUAGUGAUGCAUCCGCAAUUACUGGGGAUGACAUUCUACGUUGUUGCCGCAAAUGGAAUGAAUAUGAAAAACGGAUUGCAACUCUUGAGUUUGAUCGUGAUAGGAAGUCCAUGGGUGUUAUUGUCAACUCUCGUUCUGGGAAGAAAUCAUUGUUGGUGAAGGGUGCUGUGGAAAAUCUACUGGAGAGGAGCACAAAGAUUCAGUUGCUCGAUGGUUCUGUUGUACCACUGGACCAUAAUUCAAGGAACAUUAUUUUACAAGCCCUUCAUGAAAUGUCGACUGGUGCAUUACGCUGCUUGGGUUUUGCGUACAAAGAUGAGCUUCCUGAAUUUGAAACCUAUGAUGGUACUGAAGAUCACCCAGCUCAUGCACUUUUACUUAAUCCAUCCAACUAUGCAUCAAUUGAGAACAAACUUACUUUUGUCGGCUUGGUUGGAUUGAGGGAUCCUCCAAGAGAAGAGGUUUCGCAAGCAAUUGAGGACUGCAGAGCAGCUGGAAUUCGUAUCAUGGUUAUUACAGGAGAUAACAAGAAUACAGCGGAAGCUAUAUGUAAUGAAAUAGGUGUAUUUGAACCUAACGAAGACAUUAGUUCGAAAAGUUUGACUGGUAAAGAGUUCAUGGAGCUGCGUGAUAAGAAAGCCCAUCUAAGACAAAGUGGUGGGCUAUUGUUUUCCAGAGCUGAACCAAGGCACAAGCAAGAGAUAGUUAGGUUGCUCAAAGAAGAUGGGGAGGUGGUUGCCAUGACUGGUGAUGGAGUUAACGAUGCCCCUGCUCUGAAACUGGCAGAUAUUGGGAUUGCCAUGGGCAUUGCUGGAACAGAGGUUGCAAAGGAAGCUUCUGAUAUGGUGUUGGCAGAUGAUAAUUUUAGUACAAUUGUUUCUGCUGUCAGUGAAGGCAGAUCCAUUUACAACAACAUGAAGGCUUUUAUCAGGUAUAUGAUAUCUUCAAAUAUUGGAGAGGUUGCCUCUAUAUUUUUAACAGCAGCUUUAGGUAUUCCUGAAGGCCUGAUACCUGUCCAGCUUCUGUGGGUAAAUCUUGUUACUGACGGACCACCUGCAACAGCAUUGGGAUUCAAUCCCCCAGAUAAAGACAUAAUGAAGAAGCCCCCUCGUAGAAGCGAUGACUCUCUCAUUAGUGCUUGGAUUUUAUUCCGCUACUUGGUCAUUGGGCUCUAUGUUGGAAUAGCGACCGUUGGUAUUUUUAUCAUUUGGUAUACACAUGAUUCUUUCUUGGGCAUCGAUCUUAUCGGGGAUGGCCACACUCUUGUCAGUUACUCACAGCUUGCCAACUGGGGUCAGUGCUCAUUGUGGGGGAAUUUUACUGUUUCACCCUUCACAGCUGGGAGUCAGGUGUUCUCCUUCAAUGAUAAUCCUUGUGAUUAUUUCCAUGGUGGGAAAGUAAAAGCUAUGACACUUUCCCUUUCUGUGUUGGUUGCCAUUGAAAUGUUUAACUCCCUCAAUGCCCUUUCUGAGGAUGGGAGCCUCUUGACAAUGCCCCCUUGGGUCAACCCUUGGCUACUUGUGGCAAUGUCUGUUUCAUUCGGUUUGCACUUCUUGAUCCUGUAUGUGCCAUUCCUUGCUCAAGUUUUUGGUAUUGUGCCUCUAAGCUUCAAUGAAUGGCUCUUGGUUUUGGUCAUUGCAUUCCCUGUGAUUUUAAUUGAUGAAGUUCUAAAGUUCGUGGGGAGAAGUACAAACGGAUCUCAAACGUCAAGGAGGAAAUCUUCAAAAACGAAAUCAGAGUGAGACAAUUUGCAACAUAUUCAUGGAGAAGUUGUUCAGUACUCCUGAUACUGCCUGCCGUGUAUCGAAUCCGCGGUGUCCGACCUAUAUUUUUGGUUCCAUCCAGUUAACAGGGAUUGUAUGGACUAUGGAGAACUGGCUUACGCUGGUACUUUUUGUCUACCAUAAGCUCUUUAAUUUUUUGGGUUCUUUCAAACCACAUAUUUUAGUGUUGGAAAUCAACAAAAGUUCACAGUUAUUUUUUUGCCAUCUGAUGGAUGUGCUAAAUGGUCCUGUAAACCUUCUGCUAAUGCAGUAAGUUGCUAACUUAAAAACACGAAAGUGUAAGUUAAAUCAAUCCAUUUCGCCCUUUUUCUUUA